GUUGAGACUCUCUAACGUCCAAUGAGUGGGCUGUUGCCAGUAGCAACCACGUCCAUCAGCCAUUUCUGUCCAAUGAACAGCGGGACGAGGCGGAGUGCAGGUGCGCGCCGCUGUGUCCACUUGGCAGAGUGCCUGGGAGACGCCUGUGGCAAAACAGUAACUGUCAAAUGCAAGGUUCCUUUAAUAAGAGCGAUCAGUCCGGCUCCGAGAGUCAUGGCGACCACAGCGUCUAAUCAUUACAAUAUCCUCACCUCCAGCGCAUCCAUUGUGCACUCGGAGCCCGGGAGCAUGCAGCAAGCAUCGGCGUACAGGGACGCGCAGACCCUGUUGCAGAGUGACUACUCAUUGCAGAGCAACAGUCACCCGCUCAGCCACGCGCACCAGUGGAUAACGGCACUGUCUCACGGAGAGGGAGCUCCGUGGUCAACCAGUCCGCUCGGCGAGCAGGACAUCAAACCCGCGGUGCAGGGCACCAGAGACGAGAUGCACAGUUCCAAUAACCUGCAGCACCAGCACCAGUCGCGACCGCCCCACCUGGUGCACCAGUCACAUGGGAACCACCACGACGCUCGAGCGUGGAGAACUACCGCAGCCCACAUACCCAGCAUGGCAACAUCCAAUGGCCAGAGCCUUAUUUAUUCACAGCCCGGAUUCGGCGUCAACGGCCUGAUUCCAGGCAGCGGACAGGGAAUGCACCACCACAACCUAAGAGAUGCACACGAAGACCACCACAGCCCGCAUCUCAGCGACCACGGACACCAGGCGUCCCAGCACCAGCAACAGAGUCACCACGACCAUUCGGACGAGGAUACACCGACCUCCGACGACUUGGAGCAGUUCGCCAAGCAGUUUAAGCAGCGGAGGAUCAAGCUGGGCUUCACUCAAGCUGACGUUGGACUCGCCUUGGGAACGCUGUAUGGAAAUGUGUUUUCCCAAACCACUAUUUGCAGGUUCGAGGCCCUGCAGCUCAGCUUCAAAAACAUGUGUAAACUCAAGCCUUUGUUGAACAAGUGGUUGGAAGAAGCGGAUUCCACCUCGGGCAGCCCAACCAGCUUGGACAAAAUCGCUGCACAAGGGAGGAAAAGGAAAAAACGGACCUCUAUCGAGGUAAGCGUAAAAGGGGCGUUGGAGACCCAUUUCUUGAAGUGUCCUAAACCGGCAGCGGCGGAAAUUACUUCCCUGGCGGACGGUCUACAGCUGGAGAAAGAGGUGGUGAGGGUUUGGUUUUGUAACAGGAGACAGAAAGAGAAACGGAUGACUCCUCCCGGUGGACCGCUUCCUGGAACCGAGGAUGUGUAUGGGGACACACCGCCACAUCAUGGAGUCCAAACACCGGUUCAAUGAACAAUAACGGACCACUAUUAGACUUUUCCUGAUUUUGUUUGUCUUGAAAAUUAUAUAUAAUUCACUGGACUAUGAGCGAUAGUGGGUGUUUUAUGUAUAAUAGCCUAGCCUAUGGCAUGAGUAGGCUACUUACACAAUAUCUGCAUUGAAUACCAUUCAAAAUCCGAAUAUCAUUAGCGAUGGAGUGGAAAUUGUUUUCUUCAAGAGCUGAGCGAACACAUGUUCGAGGAUAUGCCUAGCACUGUGACUCAACGCAGUUUCAAGGUGUAGCCCUAUUGUGAAAAAUAUUUGGUGUAAAGGAAAUUAUCGUUAAAAACUAGCCUCGGGAUUCAUAGCUAAAAUGGUUUACAUUCUCGCCUUUUGUGGUGUAUUCAACACAUGGCGCUGCGUAAUCAUCAUGGUUUUGUUCUGGACGUGUGGGUCCGACAAGAAAAGUCAUGAGAGCUGCAUUCGACAAAACAUAGCCUAAACGCCAUUUCUCUGUCCCAGACAAGCAGCUGGGGGUUGAGCAUCGGCUGAGCAAUGUGUGAGGGUUGAUCAUCCGUCAGUCAUUCUUUUCCAGUUAGUUUUGACAUUCAACAUUGCCUUUGAGGCGUUUAGGCAAAUGGUUAUGUGCGGAAGCUUUAUUAUUUUAGCCUGUUACCUGUUAUAUCCCUAUUAUUAUUAUUAUUGUUGUUGUUGUCAAGAACAGUUCGAAGGAGCUCUUUGAAUAAUUGAUACCACAUAAGUCGUAUGGUUUUAAUAUUUCGUUUGGACGCACACAGGAGCACAUCAUCCUCCUCGUUCUCUCAAUGAUAUCAGCACGUGUGGAUCAAACACAAAAGGCUGCCAACACUGAGCUCCGCUCCACGCCACGCGGCCAGCAGCUAGCAGUCAGGUCACGGAAGGGCUACGUGGCGAUGGAAACCUGGCACUUUUCUAGAGCAAGAUAUAUCACCAAGUUUCACAGAACAUUGUGAUCAAUUUUGUAAAUAUUGUAUAACUAAACAGUCACGGCUUAGUUCCUUCUCACUGGGGCACUUUUUUUCUUUCGGUGUUUUCAAAACAAAAACAGGUUUUAGCUGUUUAUUUUUUUAUUCCAAAUGGUUUUGACACAAUUUUUAGGUUUCAAUAGCCUACCUUGUAUUUUUAUUUAAAGUUAUUUGUAGCUGAAAUUAUGCUUGUUGUUUGCAGUGUAAUGUGUUUGAGAAGCAUUUUAUGUUCAAUUCAGAGGGAUUUCAUUGAUGUGAGUUCAAUUGGAUUGGCAGAAUUGGCUUCACAUGUUGUCCUGACAUUGGCUUUCAAUAAUGUCCACCUGACAUUAUAUUUUUGAAUCAAAUAUAUGCUUUAAGUAAUUAUGGUCUAAUUGAUUGGCAACUAAAUAAUUAAUCAGCCCACAGAUUGGCAAAAGAAGGCGAUAUGCUCGCUGAAAUAUAUUUUAUUUAAAAGAUGUAUAAUUCCUUUACAAAAGGAAAUAGAUAUUUAAGUGUUCUACAUUUUAUAUCAACUUUUAAAAACAACGUGGACCCUUUGUCAAAAACAAGUCACCUGACAUCACAUAUCAUGAAAACAAUAAUAAGAAUAAUAUAUUAUUAUUAUUUUAUUAUUUAUCAUAGGGUGAGGAUUUUAUUUUAUCCUUGCCACCUUUCUUUUGUUUUGGUAUCAUUGCGAUAUGGGAAUAAUGAUCAAAUACGUUAAUUUUAUAAUUUUGUUAUUGAGAUUGUAAUUUAUUCUAUAAUGACUUUUAUAGAUGACAAAGUACAAUAGAUAUAUAAAUGGCAUCGAAAAGGCUUAUGGAAUAUAGGCUAGUCAGAAAGGGGGAGAGAUAGUAUUUUUUAUUUCAGGGGGAUUGCCAUAGCCUAUACCGUCAAUGCUACGUGUAUAUACAUGUUUUAUGAUAACCAUAUGGCUUGUUCUCCGUAGCUUUGUUUCAUUUUAUGCAAAUUAUAUCCAGGGACUUGUGUUCUUCUCAUUUACUUUUGUUUUUUUUUAAGAAAAAAGUUAAUGGUAUUGAUCGUAUUUCUUCUGUAGCUUGAAUUAAUCGACCAAAUCAUACAAUUCUUUGAUAAUCAAACUGUGGGAUGUACAAAUUCGAUGUUUUGGUUUUGUUUAUUUUUUUUUCUCCCCGCGUUUGUCACAUUCACUUUUAAUUGAUCUGGAUAAACCCGUGGGUUAAACACGCAGAUGGUGAUGUGUAGGUAAUAUUUCAUCACUUCAUAUCACAUGAACAAAGACUUGCACAUUUUUAAAUAAUGGGGUUGAU